GCAGGAAGCGGAAGAAUAGUAGUAAGUCCGUCUGUUAAGUGGUGAAGCAGCACAAUGAGACAUUAAACGGCAGUUAAAUAAAACGUUAGAGAAGUUAUACAUCUCUGCCCCUUACUCUUCAGGAUUUGAGUGUGUUUAUAUGUAUGUAUGAUGGCGUGGGGAGUGUGCAGCAGGGCGCUCGUGUGGAUUAUAACUGCGAUCUUGUGCUGGUGUCACAGCAGUCUGAUGGGUUUUUGCAGCAGCAGCACCGUGUCAGUCCCAGAGAGUCUGCUGUUUGUGUCCACACUGGAUGGGAAUCUCCACGCAGUCAGCAGGAGAUCUGGAUCCAUCAAAUGGACCCUGAAAGAAGAUCCUGUUCUACAAGUCCCGACGCAUGUGUCAGAGCCUGCUUUCCUCCCGGACCCCAAUGAUGGCAGUCUGUACUCUCUCGGAGGGAAAAAUAAUGAAGGACUGACGAAACUGCCGUUUACCAUACCAGAGCUGGUGCAGGCAUCUCCAUGUCGUAGUUCUGAUGGCAUCUUAUACAUGGGUAAGAAACAAGACAUCUGGUAUGUGGUUGAUCUGUUGACUGGAGAGAAGCAGCAAACGCUGACCUCUUCCUAUGCUGAGAUGUUCUGUCCAUCAUCCUCUCUGCUCUACCUUGGCCGUACAGAGUACACAAUCACCAUGUACGACACGAAGAGCAGAGAGCUGCGCUGGAACGCCACCUAUUCGGAUUAUGCCUUCACCCUGCCCGACGACGACACCAAAUACAAGAUGGCUCACUUUGUGUCCAACGGUGACGGUCUUGUGGUGACGGUAGACAGUGAAUCCGGCGAUGUGCAGUGGGUACAGAACUACAACUCUCCCGUGGUGGCCAUCUACAUCUGGCAGCGUGAGGGACUGCGCAAGGUCACGCACACCAACAUUGCUGUGGAAACACUGCGUUACCUGACCUUCAUGUCAGGAGAGGGGGGACGCAUCACGCAGUGGAAAUAUCCAUUUCUUCGGGAGAAGAAGACUAAAGAUAAGCUAAUGUCCACGCUGUAUGUAGGGAAACACUCCACUGGCUUGUACGCAUCUCCCUCAUUGGUACAUGAUGGUGUUGCUGUUGUGCCCCGCGGAAGGAAGUUUCCUUUGCUUGAGGGCCCUAGUAACCAGGAGUCAAGUCUGGAAGAGGACCAGGAGUGUGUGAUCACACCCAGCACAACAGUGAAAUUUAACACUGCACUGAAGGGGAGAAACCGCAUCAACUUCAUGAGGAAUUCUCUGCUGCUGAUAGGUCACCACGAAACACCACCUGAUGCUCACAACAAAAUUUUGGAGAAAUUUCCAGAGAGUAUCCCCCGUCAACACAGCAACGUCAUUCCCCCCGCCACAGACAAAACCAUUGAAGAGAAGGUGAACGAAAGUGGAAUGGAGGACAGCAGUCCAGUGCCUCCACCCAUCUCUUCCCUGCAGGAGAAACCUGGACGCCAACCACGUGUGGAGACUCCGGUAGACUCCAUGUUGAAAGACAUGGCCACUAUUAUCUUCUGCACCUUCCUGUUGGCUGGAUGGGUGGCCUUCAUCAUCAUCUACCCAAAGAGUGUUAACAAGCAGCAGCAGCUUCAGCACCAGCAGUUCCAGCAGCAGAUGGAGGAGAAGCUUCACCUCCUACAGCGACAGCAUCUCAUCUUUCAGCCGCCUGACUCUGACUUCCUGGAGACAGCCCACAUCCGCUCAGAGAGCUCUGCCCACAGCAGCCCUAACAUCACCCCACGGGCGUCCAACCACUCUAACCUGUCCCAGUCAGAGAUGACACAUUCAGCCAAUGAGCAUGAGGAAGCAGAAGAGGAGUGCAACACUGUCAGUAUUGUGAACAUCACAUUUAACCCCAAAGAUGUUCUUGGACAUGGUGCUGAGGGAACUAUUGUGUACAGGGGUCAGUUUGACAACCGUCCAGUGGCUGUAAAGAGAAUUCUCCCAGAAUGCUUCAGCUUUGCAGAUCGAGAGGUUCAGCUGCUGCGGGAGUCAGACGAGCAUCCCAAUGUGAUUCGAUACUUCUGCACGGAGCGAGACAGACAGUUUCAGUAUAUCGCUAUAGAGCUCUGCAGCGCCACACUUCAAGAGUUUGUUGAGCGAAAGGAUUUUAACCGCUAUGGUUUGGAGCCUGUGACACUGCUGGAGCAGACAAUGUCUGGACUGGCCCAUUUACAUUCCCUUAAUAUAGUUCACAGAGAUCUAAAGCCACACAACAUUCUGGUAUCAAUGCCAAACUCACAUGGCCGAGUAAAGGCCAUGAUCUCGGACUUCGGCCUGUGUAAGAAGCUAGCAGUGGGUAGACACAGUUUCAGUCGGAGGUCAGGGGUCCCUGGCACUGAGGGCUGGAUUGCCCCUGAAGUGCUCAGUGAAGAUGCAAAGCAAAACCCCACAUGCAUGGUAGACAUCUUCUCUGCAGGCUGUGUAUUUUACUAUGUGGUAUCUGAGGGACAUCACCCCUUUGGAAAGUCCUUGCAGCGGCAAGCAAAUAUUCUAUUAGGAGCAUACUCUCUGGACCACUUACAGCACAACACACAUGACGGCAUUGUGGCCCGAAACCUGAUCGAAAAAAUGUUGAGUAUGGACCAAGAGAAAAGGCCAUCAGCGGAGAGAGUGCUGAAACAUCCCUUCUUCUGGAGUCUGGAAAAACAGCUGCAGUUCUUCCAGGACGUGAGUGAUAGAAUUGAGAAGGAGCCGUUAGAUGGAUCAAUUGUGAGGCAGCUGGAGAGAGGAGGGCGGGUAGUGGUGAAAGGUGAUUGGAGGGAUCAUAUCACUGUGCCCUUACAGACCGAUCUGCGCAAAUUUCGGUCAUAUAAAGGUGGAUCAGUCAGAGAUCUUCUGCGUGCUAUGAGAAAUAAGAAGCAUCAUUACCGGGAGUUACCCGAGGAGGUCCAGCAGACGCUUGGAUCUAUUCCAGAUAACUUUGUUUCCUAUUUCACCUCCCGCUUCCCUCUUCUUCUGCAGCACACACAUCUGGCCAUGCGCUCCUGUGCUGUGGAAAGGCCUUUUUUGCCCUACUAUCACACCUCCGAGUUGCUUAUACCCAGCAAACCAACAAGUGUGUCACAGACUCUGCCCACCCAGCAUAUCAGCCAGUCAGUAUCCACAGGCCUGCCAUCAUUUGAUCAGAUAACAGCACCACUGCAAGCACUGCCUAACACACUCUCUGAAGUGACAGUCUCGCCUGAGCUCACCACAGAGCAAAUACAGCCCGUCCCAGCAAUGUCUACUGAUGGAUGUGUAUAAACUGACACAUUCCUGGGAUAAUCUGUCUCUGGUGUGAAUAUGAUCCGGGCCUGCAGUGUCCAGACUGCAUCAAUGUAAAAGCGUCUCAAGUGCCUUUUAGUGCUAAUUUUACACAACAGCUGCUGUCUGGGUGACCGACUGUUUGAGUUUCUUGAUGCAGAUGAUGUGGAAGAAAAUGGGAUCCACAAUGGGCUUACAAAACGCUGAUUUUAAAAGACUUUUGUGAAGUACAUAUCCUGUGAUGCACACAUUUAGAAGACAGUACAUAUUUUUGUUGAACACUUGAAGUGAACAAGAAUUUCUACUGUGCAGUGUGACGCUCCAUUCGCGUCAUGUCAGAAUUACUUCAGUUACAGACUUGCAAAAGCAAUUAAUGUUUUCUUCAUGCUCAUCAUUAUUCGUUGGAAUUUUGUGAAAGCUCUAACAUCUUUGACUUGUCCCUUGUGAUGUCCUGAUAAACUUAAGUAACAGCGUUUUUCAAAAGAUAUUGCGGCUAUUUAUACAUUUUUAGCAUUAAACAUUUUAGUCGAUUGGACCUGGUUUGCUUUUUUAGUUCAAUAUUUUGCAAGAUUGUAUAAUUAUGAAUGAAUGUAGUAACAAAUUGUAAUCAAAACCCAAAUUGUAAUCAAAACCCAGAGUAAAAAGUAAAUUCUGGAUUUCACAUCAUGUUGAAAUUACUGUAUUGUUUUUUGUGAAUAUUUUUUCCAUUAAUAAUUGAAGUGGCCAUUGUGCCUUUAAUGACACUGUGUCAUGUGUCUUGAAUCUAAGAUGAGGCUGUUGUUUGUGGUUUUGCCUCUUGCUAUUGCUGCUGAAUAUGUCUGAAUCAACUGUAUGACAUUACUUAUGGUAUGCUCUCUAAAAGCUCUGGAUAUACUUUCAUGACUACAACUAUUUUCUUGCAUUAUGCUUAUAACCUCAGUCCUUCACUUUAUGGCCAACUUUAUUUUCAGCAAUUCUUAAGAAAAUUCUAUUCUAUUGGUACUGGAUAACGAUAUUGUUUCAUUUCGGGUGAUUUUACUGAGUGUGUUAUUUCAAGGAUAUUUGUAAAUAUUUAAACUAUUGUUGUAAUGUCUCAAACUGGAAACAGUUGUUGGGAAACAGACCAGUGCAGUUUUUUUUCACUGUGUUUUUUUCACAUAGUAUUUUACAUAAAACACAUGCGGUUGAAUGUACAUAUUCCCCACAGAGCUUUUAUAAUAUUGUUUUUAUAACCUUAUGUAUAUAUUUUAGUACUUUAGAGAAACAUGCACUAAGAUGCAAUAAUGCCUUUUUACAUGUAGUGUAAUAAAAGCUGCUAUUGUGCAAUGCCAGUUAUGUGUGUUUUUACCAAUGUCUUGAAAGAGUAUAUAUUUUUAAAAAUUCAAAUAUCCAGAACCCAACAACUAUACAGCAAGCAUACGUCACUAUUUCCAGUAGGCAUUUUAUAGGUGUAAUGACAUGCCUAUUAUUAAAUUGAUUAUUUGAUAGUUACACUUCUUAGACUUGUAUUAAAACCAAAAAAAAGACGUCCAUUGUGUUGAUUGUGCUGUUUAUUACUGCAAAACAAAUAUGUGAGAUUUCAAUAAUCUAUAGAUUUUGUGUAGUUUUCAUUAAAUGUGGAUCAGGUCUGUCAUGGCUCUGCUUCAUUUAGUCAUGUUUUUCUUGGUCCUGUAGCAGAGCCAUGACAAAGUCUUUGGUUAUGUGUGGAGAGAAACAUAUUAUUGUCCUUUUGACAAUAAUAUGCGUUCUCUCCAGUGUCUCGUCAUUAACCCCGCCCCUCUCGUUUCCUUUGUUAUCUUUCCCUGAGUGUUUUAUUACCCACACCUGCCUUGUGUCGUUAUCCCUCGUUUGUGUUCCCUUUAAAUGCCCUCAUGUUUCAUUGUCCUGUGCUCGGUUUGUUGUAUUUUUCUCAGUUUAGUUUUUCCCCAUUGUGGGUGUUUUUGUUUCUGUUUUGUUAAAGAUUAAAAUCUUAUCUGUUAACCCCUUCAUUGCUGUCCUGCAUUUGGGUUCUUUCCUGCCACAUCCAUCACAGAAUCACCGAGCCAACAUCAAACCCAGCAGGCAGUAUGGGCACAAGACGGUCCCACCAGGCUCGCCUCCUCUGCGGCAUUCGUUAGGGGAACGCGGACAUCGAGGACUAUCUUGAGAGGCUCCUGGAUGCCGCAGAGGAGGAUGUCUUCGGGGAGGAGGAGGUGGCGGUGCUUUUUAACGCCGGUCUCAGGGAUCCCCUGUCGCGGGCGGAGAUGCGGUCGUUGAGACCGCUGGACUUCGAUGUCGUGUGGCGGUACGUCAAGAACCGACCGGAGUCCAGGGUCUCAACACGUCACAACCACCCAUCUCCGCUGGCCGCCAUACAGGAGGGUCAGACCCUGCAGAUCGGGGUUAUAGGCAUCGCCACUCCGCUCUCCAUGCAGCCUCGCCACCAGUCAGCCUUGUUGGCAAGCGGGGGAGGCGAGCGUCCUGGGGAUCCACCUCCGAGGAGUCCCAGCCGGAGCCAGCCAUUCCUUAUACCGCCUUCCAUCACCCGACCACCAGCUGGGUGGCUCGGCGGUAGAAGAAGAGGCAACGGCGGGCAGCGUGGACUCCAACCCGGCCGGUGCAGCCGGCGUCCCAGCCGGUGAUCCAGCCGGCGUCCCGGCCAGUGAUCCAGCCGGCCUUCCAGCCGGCGUCAAGCCCUUUCCAGCCGGCGUCAAGCCCUUUCCAGCCGGUCCCUGGGAGACCCCCAGGGUCAAAGACUGUUCCCCCCAGGACUUAUCCUAAGUCCCCCAGGACUCCGCGCCCUCGAGCGCAGCCGGGGACUGGGACUAUUCCCCUCAACCUUUUUGGACUGCCUCCUAUGGGCUCUUGUUUGGCCCCACCCCCCCUCCCAUGUUUGUUAUUUUUACUGUCCCACCCAAGUCCUGUUAUUAUGUUGUCAUGUCUGCCCUUGAUUUUAUUUUAUUUGUUUUGCCUUGUCCUGUCUGUCACCCAGUUGGUCUUGUCUCGUCCGUCUACCCCUUGGUGAGCACCUGGAGGUGCUCAUUAAAGGGGGGGCUUCUGUCAUGGCUCUGCUUCAUUUAGUCAUGUUUUUCUUGGUCCUGUAGCAGAGCCAUGACAAAGUCUUUGGUUUUUGUUUUAGUUCCUGUCUUGCUCCCUCGUGGGAAGUUUUUGUUUGUUGUAUUUUUCUCAGUUUAGUUUUUCCCCAUUGUGGGUGUUUUUGUUUCUGUUUUGUUAAAGAUUAAAAUCUUAUCUGUUAACCCCUUCA